CGUCUCCGUUCAUUGACACAAGUCACAUUUUCUGGCGGUCCUUGUCACGGAGAAAUAGAAGAGUUGCAAUGUCCUCUUGCCGGCUACUUCUUCUUUUAAUGGUUAUAAAUGUUUCCAUAAGUGCAUCAUAUCAACGUAAGACGCCAACAGCGAGCAUCGAAGACCGUCUAGCCGUCCUAAAAAGCAAGCAACCUCCAAUGGAGGUUGUUUUCGCUUUCCACACAAACCAAGGGAAAUUGAGAUACCAGCAGUAUGCCAAGGAGCAGUGGUCAAAUUGGUGAGUUCGUUAAUUAAGCAAAGAUACAUUCCCAGUGUAUAUGUACCCUAAACUCCAAACGAUAUCCUGCCAAAGCGUGCGAAAUCAAUCAUGGGCAUAGCGACUAUGUAAAUAUUUCAAUGACUGGAGCAUGACCUUUUUUCAAUUAACACCACACGCUUCCAAGUGACCGCGUGAGAUUGAAAUGGGUUUCAAGAUUAAAACGAAAUGAGCCUUAUUAGAUCUCUUUAUUCGCGUUCAAGCUCUAAACAAAAGCUAAAGUUUCGGGGGGGGGGAAGAAGGGGAAGAGGAGAGGAAGGGGGAGUGUAGCUGGUGAUUGUCAGAUCUGCCAUUUUAUGCUAAUUAUCUCAGGGUUUAAGAAGAUGUCUUGCCUUUAACUUAAAUAUCUAUAAACUGUAAAUAUCUAUAAAGAGGAAAAGCCUUGUUGCUGAUGCUUGCCAUUUACAAAUUAAGUUAAAAGGACCUGGAAAACUGAACUGUAUCAAGGUUCUUUACAAUACACAUGUGCAUAAUUUUUUUAAAUUUUGUCCAGUCUUUCAUUUAAUCCAUUGUCCAAUUCAGGCACAAUAUGGGCUCUCCUGAAGGGAAAUCAAUAAUUUCAAACCCAGUUGCCAUCCAUGAUUCCAACAAUCAGACAUUUGUAUUUUGUCUUUGUGAUGAUGGACAAGUUUACUUCCUCAAACAAGAGGCUGAUGGCACAGCUCUUGAGUUUGGAAAGUGGCUUUCAAUCAGUGCUAAAAUUCCAUUUGAAGCAGGUAUAUAACAUUAUAACAUUGAUAUAACUUCAUGGUUAAGCAUUUCAUGCCAAAACCCAAAAUGGUUGUAAAGGUGGCACCUCUCAAAUCUUUAGGCAAUUCUCAUGAAAGGGAAGAUUGAGGCACAAAGUUUGAAGAAUCUCAGGGGUGUAAACAAGAUUUUUUUCAGUUAAGAAAGGGGGGUCUUACUUUAGGCUUACUGGCAUAUGAACUGUUUUUUCUAAUUACUUACCUAACUUGACAUGGAGGUGGGUUGUAUAAACCCCACAACCCCAACUGCCCCAUUGACAUGUAGAAACCCAACAUGUACCAAAGAUUCCUAUCUCUUCAAGUCUGGUGAAAAAUCUUGUAGUUUUAACUCUAAUUUUAAGAAUUGCAGAUUUUAAAAUAUAAAAAAAAUAUUGCUUUCAAGGAGUGACUCUGAAAGGAAAAGACACUUUGUCUGUAGUGAACUAUCAGAAUAAGCUGACUGUCUUCUCAAGAUCAGUGACAAAAUCCUCCCAUCUGUACUGGUCAAAGCAAGUCAAUGGUAAUUGGUCAGACUGGGCUCUUAUUGGUGGAUCAUCUGUUUCAUUAAAUUCUGAUGUGGCAAUAGCCUACAAUGGUUUCUCAAAGGUACGGAAAGUCAGUCUGGGUUUAUUCAACAGAGUGCAUAGUAAUGCAAGUUGUAAGCAAUAAUGCUUGGAUAAGUCUUAUUUAUUAGUUUUGGUAGGAACCAUUUACUGUUGGUAGAAAAUUAUGAUACAUCUUUAUUUCUUCAGUAUCUGGAAGCAUUUGCCAUCAUGGAAAACAACAAAAUGUAUAGAACUUGGCAAACAGGUACAAAAAGUCAAUUUCUGUGAUAAUAUAGUAGGAUACAAUACUCAAACAAGCACAGAAUCAUACCUUAAAAUUCAAAACAUUUUGAAACCUUUAGGUCCAACAAAAUGGGUUUCCUGGGAUGAAACAGGAUAUGGUGCCCCAGAGACCCAGCAUGCCCCAGUAGUGCACCAAAUGAGCCACAGUACAUUCAAUGGUGUCCUCAAUGUGUUCAUAUAUGGUGAUGAUGGCUACAUUCACCAUAUAUGGCAAACAACCUGUGAUAAGGUUCCAAACCCUUGGGGGUGGUGCACAUGGAGUUUGUGGUAUAAGAUUGGUAACAAGAUUCCAAUGACUGACCCCUCUUAUAAUCCUUUGAGUAUUGGGGCUAAUAUACAUCUUGGAAUUGAGGUAAGCAUGGAGUUUUUACUGCCCUGUGGUUUGGAAAAAUACUGUAACCCCAAAACACUGUAACCCUUUAUACCCUAAAAUCAGUAUGUGUGAUUCCAUAUUCUCUACCUACUACCAUAUUCUCUUAAGUUAUUGGGUGUAAAUAUUGAUGAUAAUUUAAAUUUUUCUGAUCACAUAAGUAACAUCUGUAAAAAAAGCAGUCAAAGGGUGGGUGUAAUUAAUAGAUUAAGGAAGUUAAUCCCAGCCAAGGCUAAAUUACAACUUUUUAAGGCUGCUAUUCUGCCUUAUUUAACUUACUGUAGUAUUGUAUGGAAUUGUUGCAAAGCUAGUGAUUCAAGAAAAUUAGAGAGGGUACAAGAACGGGCCCUUAGAGCUGUUUAUUGUGAUAGCAUAUCAUCAUAUAGCGACCUCCUUAAGAGGGCUAAUUUAAAAACCUUACGUAAUAGGCGAUUACAUGACAUAGCUGUGUUAAUGUUUAAAGUUAAAAAUGAUCUGUGCCCUAAUAAUAUCAAGAACCUGUUUGUUAUUAAUAACAACAAAUAUAAUUUAAGAAACAAUGAUUUCAUUAUCCCUAGAGUUAGUACUACGCGCUAUGGUAAGCACUCUCUUAGGUACUUAGGUCCAGUAAUCUGGUCUAAGUUAGAUGGAAAAAUAAGAGCACUAAGAAUGCUGCAAGAAUUUAAAAACGCUUUAUAUAAAGUAGAUAUACAAAGUUUAAUCUCUUCGAAUAAUUGCAAGAACUGUAUUUUAUGUAAAUCUUAAAUAUUUUAAAUAUUACCAAGAUCAUAUUAUUGUAAUUAUUAUUAUCUUAUUAUCUCAUUAUAUUAAGGUUAUUAUCUUAUUAUACAGGGUAGGGUAUUAUAAACAUGGGGUCUACUAUUUCGGGGUAGGGUAGUUUUAUAUGGGAAGAGCUCUUUUAUCAUAUUCCAAUAAAUUUUUAAUGCUUAGUUUUAUAUAGAUUAGAUUAGUUUAGUCUAGGUGUCCUUACUUAGUGGGAAACUUCUAUCUUAUUUGACACGUAAAUAAAGUUUAUUAUUAUUAUUAUUUCUCUAUACAGCUCUCUCAACAUUUCCAAAGGUGCUAAACAAGGAGAAUUUGUUUAACAAUCAAGAGUUUCUUCAGUUGUUGAUCACUUCCUUUAUUUUCAUGACCUCAGUGUGUCAUUUUGGGGUGAUAUUGUAAGGAGAAAUUAGAAGCUGGUCACUCUGGAGUCAAAGGGUUAAAUAUCUUGAGAUGACUUAAGAGUGUGCAGUUUUCAUAGUUUCCUUAAGGGAGUGAUGGAAUGGCAAUUACUAUGUCAAAGAAAUAGAAUAAAGUAUACUAUUAUAACUUUAUUUUAAAACAAUAUUGAAACAUAAACACAUUUUGAAACACCAUGUUAUUUAGAGAAAUUGCUAAAUGACAUUUUACUUCUGAUCAAGUUUGUAAAACUAUAAAGACUGUCUUAUUUUGAAGAUAUUCACAGUGGGAAACAAAGGUGGCCUGUGGCACAUGUGGGAGCUUGAACGUGGUAAGGAGUGGAACCCGUGGCAAUAUAUUGGUCGUCCUGUAUCAGCCUUGACCAGUCAUUCCACCAUCAUUAAUGAUGACAAAGGAUGGUGGGCAGCAUAUGCAGUAAGUUCAGUUAUAUCGUUCUCUCAGACCUUAAGGGUAAUAUGAUUUUCAUAAAAUUUUUACUUAGUGAGAUUAAAUGAGCUGGUCAUCACUGAGGAUUUGCUAUUAAGUGUUCAAAAUAACAGAGAGGUUAAAUUUCUAAAGAAACUGUGGUGUUGCAUCAAUGGGAGAGUAUAACAGGGUAAUUUAGUAUUAUGAACCGAGUUGAUAACAGAAAUUGGCCACUGUAAAGAGUUUAAAGCUGACUUUUCAAGUGUUAGCCCUUUGUCAGAGUGAUUGGGAAGGGCUGACACUUGAAAUGUCAGCUUUUAAACUCUUAACAAUGGCCAAUUUAUGUUAUCAACUCUGUUGAUGAUACUUAAUUUUCACUUUUCCAGUUAAGUGCUAAUGAUGAUGUUGAGAUAAUUGAGCAGAAUCGGUCCCUAGUCCUGUCAACAACACAAGCAGCAUUUGGAAGUCCAGUUAAAGUCUCAUGGUCUGUACCAGUUGAUGAGGCCACACACAAGGAUUGGAUAGGUCAGUUAGGCUAUUUUAUCUCCUAAAAUAUAUCUGGGUACUCAGCUGUAAUAAAAAAGUCUUUUUUCUAAAAUCUACCCUGACAAUUGCCUUUGCACUGAUUUCUUCAGGUGUAUACCCAUCUGGUGCUGACAAUGAAAUGUAUGUGGACUUCUUAUAUGUUGGAGGAGGACAGAAUCCAAAUGCAGACCCACUACCUAAAGGAUCUCUGACUUUCAAAUCUUAUCUUCCCAAUGGCAAAUAUGACUACCGCUACCUGUAUGUGUUCUUUAUUAAAAUUAAUCAUCUAACACUGUAUGGGUACUGCUGAGUAAGUGGGUGUUACUGCCUAUUUCUCAAGUAUCAGCACAAACUUUCUAAAAAAUCAGCACUCCAAAUUGCAACUCUAGCUAAUAACAAUAAUGAAAAAGCCCCAUUUGUGGAUAUGAUAUCACAAUUGAAGCACCCCUUAUACAGCCAUUGCUAAGUAUGUUUAUCUCAUGGGAAUAAAUAAACAAGAUCGAACAUUCUACAGGGUGUAUUGACUGACUUUGAUCAUUUUCUCCCAGGGUAAAUAAGAAAUUCUUUGAUGCAGUGAGCUCCAGCCUGACUGUAUUCAAUGGCACAGAAGACAAAGAGUGGGUUCAAGUUUACAGAGGGAUUGCUGCAGGAUUAGGCAAAGAAGGCUUUAAUUUUGAAAAAUGUGUUGAAGAUGGAAACCAAACUGUAGCAGCAUUCAAGGAAUCAUUUGAUGCCUUACAAAACAAAAACAUUUUCAAAGGACUGCAGUUGUUUGGCACAGCUCUUAUGGACGUGGUGAAGGCAUUUAAAGAUUGCAGUGAGACUGAUAUUGCCAAAGCAAUUGAGAAACUGGCCAUAGAUUUCAUAAAAUGUGUAAAAGGUAACCAUAGCUUAGGAAUUAAAUAGGAAGUGUAUAAACUUGUACAGAUUGCAGAUUUACCAAUAUAGGUAAAUGUGACAAAUAAUGAUUAUCAAAUGGAAGAUUUUUUCUCUGAAAGUGAUAUACUUUCAAUAUAUCUAUUAACAGUGACCAGUGUCUCCACUAGUUAGCAUUCAAUAAUCAACUCAUAUGAAGAAGUAAGUUAACCCACUUGAAGUAAAAAUGGGACCUUAGCCUUUAAUUGUGACAUUCCAGGCAUCAGCUUUGGGGGAAGGGGGUUAUUGGGGUAUGCCUCCCCCCCAGAAAAUUUUGAACAAAUCAAGUAGCUAAUAGGUGAAUUCUUUAAUUCUGAGUGAGAAUUUCCAUUGGUGAAAAAUGUUUUAUAAUAUUUAUGAUACCAAAGGGAACAAGAAAUAAAUUAUAUUUAAAAGGAGAAUUAAUUUCAUAGUUACUUAACCAAAACAGCAGUUUUCUAUCAAAAAAAUCAACAGUUUAUAUCAAAAACCUUAAAUGCAAGAAAAAUAUAAUAGUUCUAGUGUGAAAGCAUGAAUAAGAUUGAAUUCAGUUGCUUGAGUCUCAAGCUCAAUGCACAAGACUUGACAGCACUGUGGAACAUAAAAUCAGUGUUAAGAUGUUGCAGUCCUAAACUUAAAAAUAAUGAUGUCUUUUGUGUUUAGGUGACUGCAUUAACUUUGUGAUUGAUGAUGCAGUAAGGCUUGUGAUCCUUUUUGAGAAUGUGUAUGAGAUAUAUGGUGACAUACAAGGAGCAACAAAUUCCUUCCACAUAAAGGCUUAUGAACAAGGUAAAAGAAAUACUCAAUUACAUUGAUUUUUGUCUUUCAGAAUAAUUUAGUACAUUAAUAUUGAAAUACUGGGUUGACAGAAUCAAUCAAUAUUUACUGAAUGUGGGAGACCUUGUGUAAGCUAAAAUGUCUACACCCUCUCAUUCCAAGUUUAGUAGGGGCUACAUCAUGAAAAAUGCAAGCUGUACAUGCUGAGCAACAUUUUGUGUUUGAAACCAAUAAUUUGAUUUUUCUAGUAAAGGUGUUUGCCAGAGUUUAAGAGGGUACUCUGAAAAAUGUUUUAUCUAAGACAUACUUUCAGUCUUUAAAUCACUCUUUUUUCACAUUGCAAUUUUUUCUCUCCUCCAGGUGGAUACUGCAUUGGUCGUGUUGUUAAUGUGUGCAUUGCAAUGCCAUCAACAAAUUUUUAGAUUUGGCAUUUUUGCUUUUUCAUUUAGCAAAAAAAGGGUCCACAGACUAUGGAUUUUAAAUUUCUUAACAAGUUGGCAGAGGGGGUAUAUUGUGUUUGAUCUUCUAUAAAGCUGGAAUUCAUUUCAAUAACAUAAUAACUGUUGUAGGAAAUGAUAAGAGUUUUGUUCAGAGUGGAGAAUAAUGACACAAAAUUACUCUACAAUGUGAUUGCCUUAAGUAUAAUUAUUGAUGGACAAUUGUUGUGUUUUUUGUAACACCUACCGCAAGCAUAUUAAAAGGGUUGGGAAUUGCUGAUUUGGUCAACUUAGUACUUAAGACAUUUGCAACCUUGAGUACACAACCAGUUCCAAAGUUAGAAAAUUAAAAGUUAAAUUAAGUUAUGCCUUUUAGUAUUGAAUAAUUGUAUUUGAUUUGUUCACUUACAUAACAAAC